AUGAAAUUAAUUGCAUUAAAUUUUAAAUAUUUUACUAUUCCAUGGAAUGUAUUUGAUUUUAUCAUUGUAAUUGCAUCAAUUCUUGGACAAACAUUAGGAGAAGUUAUGGCAAAAUAUUUUGUUAAUCCAACAUUAUUACGUGUUGUUCGUGUUGCGCGUGUUGGAAGAAUAUUACGUCUUGUCAAAGGAGUAAAAGGUAUUCGAACAUUACUUUUUGCAUUAGCUGUUUCAUUGCCUGCUUUAUUUAAUAUUGGUCUUCUUCUUUUUCUUAUCAUAUUUAUCUAUUCAAUAUUUGGUAUGUCAUUUUUUGGUUAUGUAAGAAAAACAGCUGGCAUAACAGAUUUAUUUAAUUUUGAAACAUUUCCUAAUUCAAUAAUUGUACUUUUUCAAAUGUGUACAACUGCCGGUUGGUCUGGUGUUUUUCAAGCAUUAACUAAUGAUCAACCACCAGAUUGUGAUCCAACAAUAAAUACACCAUCACGUAAAGGUGAUUGUGGUAAUACGGCUAUUGCAACACCAUUUCUUGAAAGUUAUGUUAUAAUUAUUACUUCUCUUGUUGUGGUAAGAAUUUCAAAAAUUUUUAUUGGAAAA